CACAGAUAAAGUGCAACGCCCCAUUCUGCGCUAGUUACACUUCUGGGAAGCAGCGGACUUUAAAAUCUUCCUCUGUAAAAUGAAAGUAAAGGGAGAGGGAAAUUUAGAAUGAAAGAAGCGAGGUUGCAGGAAGCUAUUCGUCACUUUCUAGUACAAGUAAGACGCGGUGGUGUAAUGAAUCAAGUCUCAGGAUGAACUCGCAUGUUUCUGAAGAUCACAAUGCUGUCAAGAAGCUUUGUGUGUUUGAGCCCUACAGGAGGAGUAAAAACAUAGGCAAAUGUCUGAUCAUCAAUAAUGAGCACUUUCCUGACUCACCACAUUUGCAGAGGAAGGGCUCUUCAGUAGAUGAACGCUUACUGUCAAGCACGUUCAAGUCCCUUGGUUUUCACGUACAGGUGGAGAAAAACCUGUCAGCUAAACAAAUGAUUUGUGUGCUAAGAAAAGUAUCUAAGGAGAACCACACAGACAAUUCCUGCUUUGUGUGUGUACUGAUGAGCCACGGAGAAGAGGGAAAAAUCCUUGGGUCAGAUGAGUGCUGGAUUCCUGUCAAAACCCUGACCUCUCUCAUGACUUCUGACCUCUGCCCUAGUCUGCGAGACAAGCCGAAACUCUUCUUCCUACAGGCCUGCAGGGGAAUGGAAUUUGACCCUGGUGUUGAGGCAGAUGGUGAAGAAGCACCGGGGGAAUUUUUUGGAAUAUCAGACGUUCCCGAGGAGAAUUUUCUCUGCUGUUAUUCCACAGUGGAAGGUUAUUACUCAUGGAGAAAUCCAGAAAAAGGCUCUGUAUUUAUCAGUGAACUUUGCAAGAUGUUGAAGGACUGUCAUCUAGAGAUUAUUCAGAUUCUCACAAGAGUAAACCAUCAUGUGGCUUAUCACUUCCAGUCUCAAACCAUAGACCCGGAUACACAUAUGAAGAGACAAAUGCCGUGCUUGGCCUCCAGACUGACCAAGGAUUUUUACCUUCAUGUAGCAGAGAAGAAAAAGAAAUAAUAUAAAUUAAAAAAAUAAUUGUCAAUCACUGGCAGCAAGUCAGUAACAUAAUUUGCAAGGAGAAGCAGCAGUUUAUUAAUAUGUUAGCCAUAUACUUCAUUCAGUGUUCUCUAUGAUAUGCUAAUCAAAUGAUGUAUAAGAUGUCAGAUCUGUAAAACAGUCUAAACACACGCAGUGAAUUAAAUAAUUCAGAUACUUCA